CACAGUCGCUUGCUUGUCUUGGAUCGUUGAGUUAGCUCACAUUAUCCACUUCCGAGCUAGUCGUUGCUUGGACGUUUUAUUGUGUUGGUUGGAAUCGCGAGAGUGCUUAGAUACCCCGCGUGUUUGUUAAGUGAUUUGAUAAAUUAAAAUCGUAAUUAACGUAGAAAUGGCUACCGAAGUCGAGAAUAAUGUACCUGUACCGACUGAAACUAAAGAGAUCAAAGAAGAAUUAACAACCGAUAACAAAGCCGAAGAGGCAAAGCAAGAAGCCGGUGCAGGUGACGCGCCCGCCGCUACAAAAGAACCCGCUCCACCAAAAGUUCUAGUGCACAAAUCGAAUUUCGAAAAAGAUGUCGUGUAUCUGUACCAGUUUAGUCGUACACCCUUGCUACCAUCCAUUUCGCCCUAUUGUCUGAAGGUCGAAACCUGGCUGCGACUUGCAGGAAUCAAAUACGAGAAUGUGGACCACAAGUUAAAGUUCCGUUCGAAGAAGGGCCAGUUGCCCUUCAUCGAAUUGAACGGCGAAGAAAUCGCCGACAGCGCAAUCAUAAUCAAAGAAUUGUCGCAACGUUUCGGCCACGAUUUGGAUGCCGCUCUCAACGUGGAACAGCGCAACGUUGCCCACGCCACGAUCUCGAUGAUCGAGAACCAUCUCGCGUGGGUGAUAAUGUGGUGGCGCACCAAAUUCCCGGAACAAAUGCUUAAGGCGUACAAAGUCAACUUGCAGAGUGCGCUCGGUACGCGCAUUCCCAACGGAAUUUUAAACUUCCUCUUCAAGUUCAGUUACGGACGAAAGUGGUUCCAGGGAACAAAAAAAGUCAAAGCUCAAGGAAUCGGCGUCCACUCGCCCGAGGAAGUCAUUGAAUUUGGACAAGGGGACCUGAAGGUGUUGUCAGAUAUGCUGGGCGAAAAGCCAUUCUUCUUUGGAGACAAACCAACAAACCUUGAUGUUGUGGCAUUCGCAAACUUGGCUCAAAUCUAUUUCAUCGACAAAGAAGUUCAGUUCACACUGAAGGAUUACAUGUCAGAUAAUUGUCAGAAUUUGGAAGGUUUCGUCAACCGAAUGAAGGAGCGCUGCUUCCCCGACUGGGAAGACAUUUGCACCACCUUAGAUCUUAACACUCACCUCCCCAAGCCUCCUGCAGAAGAGACUAAAGAAAAAGAGGGCAAGGACGAGAAAGGUGAAAAAGAAAUGGAACCUGAAGAUAAGGAUAUUGAAAAAGAAAAGAUUGACGAAAAAGAAAAAGAAAAGGAGAAAGAUAAAGAUACGGCCGAAAACAAAGAGAAAGAAUCAAAGUGAAGAGACCUUAUUAAUUAAUUUAUAAGGUCCCACUGCCAAAACUAUUUUUACCUCUCUCUGAUCCACCCAUCCUCUUUUCCGCCUUUUAUCAUUGCUCUUUGUCUAAAAUAGUCCAGUACGUUCUUUUAAUUCCUGUUUUAAAUACCUGUCGUCCUUUACGUUCUUUGUUUUUAUUUGUGCAAGUCUAGUUUUUAAGAUACACAUUAAAUUACAACGCAUAUAUCAUUAGGCAUCAACAGAAUCAAAAAAAAAAAGAAAGAAAAGUAA